AAAAACAAGGAAACUUCUGGUUUUCCCUGAUAUGUUCCUUUUUUAUUUCUAUCAGAAACGUUUUAUGCUUCCCGUCAAUAAUUACAACGUCCCGAACCAUAAGAAGUGUGGAGUGGGUGAACUCCCAUAAAAGGUGUAGAUAUGCGCAGCGUGGUCAUUGUCCCUGGGGAUUUCAGCUAGUAUGAGCCAUGGUAUUUAUAGAUGGUCUUUUCAAUGCAUCCCUUUAAUCCCUGGCUGUCCCACCCUACGCCGGACCACCAUCCUGCAAGCGUCCACUCAGAGCACCUCUGAGCUGCACUAAAGCAGGUCAUAAACAGCCAUGUCCACCGAACGGUUCGACUGCCAUUACUGCAAAGACUCUCUGCUCGGAAAGAAAUACAUCUUAAAAGAAGACACCCAGUACUGCACCAAGUGUUACGAGAACCUCUUCGCCAACUGCUGCGAGGAGUGCUCUACGCCCAUAGGCUGCAACAGCAAGGAUCUGUCCUACAAGGACCGACACUGGCAUGAGAACUGCUUCAAGUGUGCCAAAUGCAGCCGGUCCUUAGUGGAGAAAGCGUUUGCUGCUAAAGAUGAGCUGCUGCUGUGCACAGAGUGCUAUUCCCACGAGUACUCCUCAAAAUGCACCACCUGCAAGAAGACCGUCAUGCCAGGCUCCAGAAAAAUGGAGUACAAGGGGAACAGCUGGCAUGAGACGUGUUUUCUGUGUCAGCGCUGCCAGCAGCCAAUAGGAACCAAGUCCUUCAUCCCCAAAGAAAACAGCUACUACUGCGUCCCCUGUUUCGAGAAGCAGUUCGCCUACCAGUGCUGUGCCUGCAAAAAAGCCAUCACCACCGGUGGGGUCACUUACCAAGAUAAGCCCUGGCACCGUGAGUGUUUCACUUGCAUCGGCUGUAAGAGACAGCUGGCCGGUCAGCGAUUCACCUCCAGAGAGAACUACCCCUACUGCCUGGACUGCUUCAGCAACCUCUACGCCAAGAAAUGUGUGGGCUGCACAAAACCCAUCACAAGUCUGGCUGGAGCGAAGUACGUGUCGUUUGAGGAGCGUCAGUGGCACAGCGAGUGUUUCAUCUGCAUGCAUUGCUCCGUCUCUCUGGUGGGCCGCGGCUUCCUCACCCAGCGCGACGACAUCCUGUGCACCGACUGCGGCCGUGAGAAGUAAACUCAGCUGAAGAGUCCAGAGAAACUCCUCCGCAGGCCUUCAUCUACAGCCUGUCCACAGAGCUGCAGAGCAACGUACACUUUUCCACAUGCACUGGUGACAUUUCAGCUUAAACUACACUGUCAGAAAUAAACUUCCAGCUGUGUCCCUUAAAUCAGUUCCUCCAGGUGAAAAGUUGGUAUUUGUUCCUUUUCAUAACCGAAUGUUUUAA